UACAAAUUAGUAUUAUGUAAAUGUUCUGUUUCUUUUCUUACCUAUUUGUAAUUUCAUUUUAAAUUGCUCAAUUCAAGCAUUUUUCUGGACAAAAACAGAUUAUAUUAAUUCUAGUCAAUUCUUACUGGAAGUUUCUAAAUAUAUGUAAACUGUGUAAAACCACCACUGAUUACGUGGUCUUCUCAAGCUGCCUGUCUGCUUUAGUGUAGUUCUUGGUGCCUAUGGUUUAGAUUGUCGUAGUCGUUAACCCUUGUAUUUCGUAUUAAGCGUACAAAAUGUCGCGGAGCGCGAUUAAAGCAAUAAAUUGGGCAGCAAUAGCAGAAAGAGUUCCAGAAGAACAAAAACAAUUAUUUUUCGCAUUUAAAGCGAAGUCCGAUCAAUAUUUACGUCGAAUGCUGGCAAAUCCCGAAUCUUCACCAAAACUUAAUUGGGAUUAUUACAAAAAGAAUGUGACAACACCUGGUCUUGUUGAAAAAUUUCGAAAAGAGUACGAAGCAUUAACAGUACCAUAUCCUGCUGACAAAUAUACUUCUCUUAUUGAUAGUGAAGAAAAACAGAUGCUUGUUGAGGUUGAAGAAUAUCGCAGAAGAUCUGAAAAACAAAUUGAGGAUAUUAAUGCAUCUAUUAGCUCUAUAAGAGCUAUAAUGCCUUAUGCUGAAAUGACAAUGGAAGAAUUUGUGGAAUAUCAUCCAGAAAGUCAUUGUGGAGUAGUAAACAAUCCAUCAAUUUGGCCACAUACACCUGAAAUGAAAGAAGGCGAAGAGGCAGCUCUAAAGCCUCCUGGAGAAGAUGAUCAUGAUCAUUAAUUUAUUUCUACAAAUUUAUAGCAAUAUUGUAGUCUAUAAAUAUGUAAAGAAUAUUAUUGGCAUACAAUAAUUGAUGUUUGAAUUAACCUAUGUCCAUAAAAAACAUUUAACUCCUAAUACAUAUUAAAAAAUGUUUUUGAUCUAUACAUUAUUGUAAAUAAAUACAUAUGAUAUACAACAUGA